AUGCACCAUCUGGCUAAAAUCAGAUCUCUCCGCCAUCACCAAAAACGAUGUUUCAAUUGGAGAGAUUCGAUGCGGGAAGGCACGUUUUCGGCGGAUAUUCAGGAGAAUAAACCGACGCAUAUUAUCGUUGGUGCUGGAAGUGCUGGAUGUGUUUUGGCGAACCGUCUAACGGAAGACCCCUCAAAUCGAGUAUUGCUCAUCGAAGCGGGUCCAAUCGAUCAUAAAUGGGACUGGCGGAUUCAUAUGCCGGCCGCUUUAAUGUACAAUUUGUGCUCGGAAACCUAUAAUUGGCACUAUCAUACGACGGCACAGAAGAAUCUGGGAAAUCGAACGUUUUAUUGGCCGAGAGGAAGAGUCUGGGGUGGAAGCUCAACGUUAAACGCAAUGUGCUAUGUCCGUGGCCACGCCUACGACUAUGAUCGUUGGGAGAGAGAAGAGGGUGCAGACGGAUGGAGCUAUUCGAAUUGUCUUCCAUAUUUCAAAAAAGCAGAGACCUAUUCACACGCCAUCGGGCCAGAUGACUCAUAUCGGGGAUCCAAUGGACCGCUUUUUGUGAAAAAAGGAGACGCAGAGAAUCCACUACACAAGGCGUGGUUGAAAACGGGAAAGGAGCAUUCGUUGGGAUUUACGGAGGAUAUGAAUGGAGAGAGACAGGAGGGUAUCUCGACGAUGGAUAUGACAAUUCAUAAUGGGGAGAGAUGGUCCGCCUCCAAAGCGUACGUCCAUCCGAUUCGCAAUCGUCCGAAUCUAAUCACCUCCUCAGGAAUCACAUGUACUCGAGUGCUUUUCGAUAAAACCAAAGCGAUUGGAAUCGAAUUUAUCCGAAAAUUAAAUUUCGUUGGAACCGACUCCAUUGAUUCAUAUUCCCGCGAAAAAAUCUAUUGUCAAGGAGAUGUGAUUCUGGCUGGUGGCGCUAUUAAUACUCCACAAAUUCUGAUGCUUAGUGGAGUUGGACCGGCGGAACAUUUGAGAUCUCACGAGAUCCCAUUGGUUGUUGAUUUGCCUGGAGUCGGUCAGAAUCUUCAAGAUCAUUUGGAGAUCUAUGUACAACAAGAAUCCCUGAAACCAGUGACUUUAUACAACAAAAGCUCAUGGAGAUUCCCGCAUAAUAUGAUCAAAAUCGGUGUGGAAUGGUUUACGAAUCGAACGGGUCUCGGUGCGUCGUCUCAUUUGGAAACUGGAGGAUUCGCGAGAUCUGAUGAGACUGUCAGUCAUCCAGAUAUUCAAUUCCAUUUCUUACCAUCGACAGUACAUGAUGAUGGGAGGACGAAUGGAAAGUGUCAUGGAUAUCAGGUGCACGUCGGCCCAAUGAGAUCGAAAUCCAAAGGAUACAUAAUGCUACAAGCAAAGGAUCCCCGUCGUGCUCCAAUCAUCAAUCCAAACUACAUGGAUGAAGACGCGGAUUGGCGGGAAUUCCGAAAAUGUAUUCGACUCUCUCGAGAGCUCUUCGCCUCGCCAGCCUUCGAUGAAUUCCGUGGACGAGAGUUGGCACCGGGAGACAAUUGUCAAUCGGAUGCGGAUAUUGAUAAAUUCGUAAAGGCGAAGGCCGCAUCGGCUUAUCAUCCAUCGUGCACUUGUAAAAUGGGAAAUGAGAAUGAUCGAAUGGCGGUGGUGGAUCCGAAAACGAUGGGAGUGCAUGGGACCGAGAAUUUGAAAAUCGUAGAUGCGAGUGUAAUGCCAUCAAUCGUCAGUGGAAAUCUGAAUGCUCCAGUGAUAAUGAUGGCGGAACGGGCGGCCGAUUUGAUAAAACAUAAAAAACAAAUGCUGCCGAAGGCGGACGUCAAAGUUUGGAGCCAUAAAUAA